AUGAUAGCAAUUCAAACGAUGAUUAAACAGGAGAAAUGAAAAUACUCAAUCAAAUAAAUACCGCGAGGGGAUGUUUCGGCGUUAAACCAGCGGCAAGGCUGCCUAAGGCCGAUUUCGAUGACAGCUGGACAACCCGGUGACAUCACUGCUUUCGGCGAUAAGGUCCUCGGCCUUUGCGAAUACCUUUUUGGUUCAUGAAAUUGUAUUAAAACUAUGCAUUGGCCUGUUCAGGGGGUUUUUAAUGUGUUUGUACAUUUUGCACAUUAUUUUACUUCGAACGAGAUUUACACCAAGUUGUCACCAUGAUCUCCGGCCCAGCGCCAUGUCUAUAAGUGCAACGGUUGGAACUGCUCUACCACACAAGGUACACUCGCCGCAUCAGUUUACUUAAUUAAAUACUCUCUUAAUUAGAGUCUCUAUCGAAAAUAUACAAUUCUUCAAAAACUCUACCAUUUCAUCGCUUCAGAGCUCAAUUGGCGCUGACACUUACAACCCAUCCAGGUUAUCGCACGUCAGUCGGUAACCCCACAUUGUUAAUCGUUCACCAUCCCAUGGGAGGGGCAUUUUUGGACCGGCCAGAUUCAACUUUUCUCCUCACCGUCACCACCAGAACCUCUCCGUGUACAGACGACCGCGACGCCUCAACCCCAGUAUUUGUCAAUAGCACAUCCUCGCAUUAUGGCUUCGGAAUCAUCUACCCCGCUUGUCGUCUCGAAAUGGGCUGCCCGCUAUCGAGGCGCCACUGUCGAAGACAUAGAUCCCCCUGCCGCUCUCUCCGUCAACCCCACCGACGCCGUCUCCGUCGCCCUCCUGUCCGCCUUCGAACGCGACUACACACAUCUGACUGUUGUCGACUCCGAGACCCGCGCCUUGCUCGGCUACGUCGCCAUUCCUCAUCUCCAGGAGCAGCUUGAUGCCGGCAAAGUCAAGCCCAACGACCCGCUCUCGGCCGCCAUGACAAGGUUCCAGCGCAAGGGCCGCAAGUACAAGGUCAUUACAAUGCAGACGCCACUUGAGGAGCUCGAGGUCUUCUUCCGUGGUGGCAGCGAACAGCAGCCUGCCCAGGGAGAGUGGGCUCAAGAAUUUGCAGUUAUCACAGACGAGAACAGACGAUUUGUCUUGGGCGUUACAACGGUACAAGAUUUGGAAGAGUUUGUCAAGCGACGACCAGAAUAAGCUUGCCGUGGUCAUGCAUCGAAAAAGUAAAAAAGUAUAUAGACAAUAAUGACAAAUUAAUUUAUAAGUAAAGCAGGCAUUCUAUCACGUACACUCAAGACGCAAUUUUACAAAGCGGGAUCCUCGUCCUCGACCUCGGCGGCAGCCUCAGGCGCGGGAGUCCAGUCGUAGACCAAACGGAACUGAGCGCGCUCGUCACCCUUCUUGAUAAGAAUAUUACGGCAGUAAUAUCUCUCGCCCUCGACUAUCUGGAAGCCCCAAAUCUGGUCGGCAGUCCAACCGUAGUCGUCGUUCUCGACAUAGGUGCGGAUGUACUUGCCAUCUGCCUCGGGCUCCCAGCCCCCCUUGAGGUACUCGUCCUCGCCCUCCUCGAGGGCAAUCCACUUGGUCUUGCCGCGGACGUUACCAAACAGCCAGUCGCUGUGCUCGCGGUAGACGUCAUCGGCGCAGCGGUUCUCCUGAGUGGAGGACAGGCUGCCGGCGCUCUGGACAAUGUCAAUGUGGGUGACGAUGUCGGUGGACUCGCUGGGAGGGUUAGGAGGGCCUUCGUACUGCGUCACAUCAAGCGAGAUGGUGGCCAUGAGGAUACCCUUGCGAACAAGGUAGCUGAUGCCUUGCAGAAUGAGACCAGGCUCAGCAGAAUCGGACAGGGCAUGGUU